UAAACAUCGCAUUCAAUGACUGAAUGCAUGAUAUGAUUGCAAUUGUUGUCAUAUAUUUGAACAGUUGUUGAAUGACUGGAAGUGAUGUCCAAAUUGGCUGUAAUUGCGGUGAUUGUGUGGACCACAUGUCUGGUGGGCGGAAGUGGCGAUCGUAUGACUGGAGGCGUGAAACAGGUCAGCGUUGACAGCGAUAACGUCAAGAACUUGGCCGACUUGGCUCUGGAUCGGUAUAACAAGGGAUCAAAUGCCAUCAAUUAUAAGCAGUUGAUUGCCAUCAAAGAGGCCAAACAUCAGGUGGUGGCCGGCAGUAAGUGGUUCAUCACAUUCACCAUCGGCGAGAUCCAGUGCCCCAAGAAUGGCGUCAACCCAGUCGCCGAUGUCCACCACUGCCCCCACCAAACCACCACUAGGAGUCGAGACGUGUUCAGUGACUAUAUGGCAGAGGGUUUGGCUGAACAGUACUGAAAUACUAUCACUUGAAUGCCAUUAAGUCUUGCAAUGUAUGCAAUGAAUCAUCAAAUUGUUGCCACAAAUCACACAAUUUGAUGAACCAAACCACUGGAUAUAGGAUUGCAUUCUUAUGGGAUGUUUAUGUCAUAUAUUGUCUCAAUUUAAUGAUUUAUUUGUAAAUUAAAUGCUUUUAUUUUGACUCAAAAAUAAUUUCUAACAGACAUUGGACUCGAUUGUAGAGUC